UCUGCCACCUGUCCAUUGGUUAGUGCUCAGAGUUGGGUGUCGACACCUCACGGGGAGGAAAGUGAAGUAGCCAAAAGAAAGAAGAAAUUGCCCAAGUCAGGAGCGGCAGCGAAGCAAGAACGGCAGCUGCCGUCGGUCCUCUCGCAGCAGACCUCCAUGGCGGCGACGGCGUUUGCGGCGUCCUCAACGGCUGCCGCGGUGCUGGGCGGAGCUCGCCUCCCUGUACCCGGCUCCGCGGUCCUCAUCCCGCCGCGACCUCGCCGUUCCUCGUCCCUGCCUCUCCCCCUUUCCUCCUCCCACUCCCAUGAUGUUUGCAGGUUUUCUUCGCUCCGGGUAAGAGCAUCUUCAUCAUCAGAAGAGUCAUCUGGCUCUGUUCAAACUGAUGAGCUCCUGGCAGAUUUGAAGGACAAAUGGGACUCGAUUGAGAACAAAUCCACGGUCUUCUUGUACGGCGGAGGUGCAAUUGUUGCAGUGUGGCUAUCUUCCAUAAUCGUCGGUGCUGUCAACUCAGUUCCUCUGCUUCCAAAGAUCAUGGAAUUAGUGGGGCUUGGAUACACUGGAUGGUUCGUAUAUCGUUAUUUACUUUUCAAGGAAAGCAGAAAAGAAUUAGCCAGUGAUAUUGAAUCUUUGAAGAAGAAGAUUGUCGGAACAGCUCAGCUCCGGGUGGUGAUCAAGGGGCGUUCUUUGGAGAUUGGACGGUCCAGACCACCCGGGAGCUCGGUCCGCAACCGAGGGGACGGCUCCGUCGAGGCCCUCUUCUCCGACGACCCCUCCGCGGUCGACCAGAUGGUCGAGAGGCGCUGCAGGGUGGGCCCUUCCUCAGUCUCCGUCACCGCCCUUGCCUCCUUUCCUUCCGACGAGGAUCUCGGUCAAGGGUUCCAACGCAAACCCACGGCUUAAAUAGAAUCAUACAAUUAGUUCGAAUUGCAUAUCAAGAAUCUGGGUUACUCCUGCACUGUCUUUGAUCAAGCGGAGUGAAUAAUGUUUUGUAUGGUUUCUGUAUGAUGGAAAACUUCUCAGGCCAUCGAAUGCUAUUUUGUGGUGGAAAGUAGACACUCAUUAAUGUGGAAGAUAACACCUUUUUCUGUA